UUGUGAUUCCCCCUACAGCCCACAGUACUUUAUCAUAGUGCUAUAUGACCUUUGGUGUCUAGCACAUUUAUUUCUUCAAACCAUUAACCAUUUUAUUUACUCUAAUCUGAUUUGUACAAAAUUGGAUUCGAUUGCAUGUCUGAAGUCUACAGAUCAAUUUAUUGAAUGUAAGAGUUGAAAACUUUACAGGCAUUUCCCAGCAACCUGUGGAAAUAUAGGUACAGGAUUAAACUUCAUAUACUGAAGUAUAUAAUUAGUGUAUAUCCCUCUUUAAUUUUAUUUCAUUUUUACAGUGGAAAUAAAUGAUGAGCACAGAUAGGAUAUCAUGGAGUCACAAACCAAAGAUGAAGUAUCAAAGGUAAUUGAAUACCUUCACUUGAGUCCUCAACUUCAGAGGGGCUCUAUUAGGCCCCAGCAUGGAAAAGGAGGAGAAGAAGAAAAAGACUCCUUAUCAUGGGCAGAUGUAGGACCUCAUAAUGCAUCAAUACUGAGGACCCAACAGUAUCAGUCUUAUCCUAAUCUGUCAGUAAAUGUUCCCAUGCUCAAUGUUCCCGUGAUGUGUCAAAGCAAUGCUGCAUUAUCAAAGGUCUUUAACUUCAACCCGUCCUUCCUGAAUUAUUACUACAAUGCCAACACCAGCACCCCAGCGGUUAGUCCUGGUUAUCAAACAAAUAUUCCAGUGUCACCAAAUUAUUUGGCUCCUGGCUUACCACAGUUACCAUCAUCUCCUGGUUUCCUGACAGCAGCUGGUUAUUAUGCUGGUUUUUCUCUACUUGGAGGACCCAGACUGCCUGGCUCCCCAUUGCCACCACUUGGCCAAGCUUUCAUGCCACUUCAUGCAGCUGCUUUGCGAGGUGAUAAACAGAAGCUUGCUGAAUUACUUCAAGAGAAGAAUAUCAACCUUGAGAUACGUGAUCGUUGGGGUCGUGUUCCUCUUGUGUAUGCAGUUCUGGGUAACAAUCAAGAAGGAGUGGACCAGUUGCUGCGUGCUGGGGCUCGGCCAGAUGCUGUUGAUUCACACAAAUGUACUCCACUACACUUUGCUGGAUAUAAGGGUUACUUAGGGUGUAUUAAGGCCAUUGUACAUGCAGUAGAAAGCAGGGGACUUCCUCUCAUUGAUAAUCAGGGUGGGCUGUGGUUGGCCCAAGAUUUGCGAGGUGUGACACCUCUUCACCAUGCAGCACAUCACAACAACAGCAAGUGCCUUCAUGCUUUACUAAAAUAUGCUGCACCAGGAACCUUGGAUACUGUUGAUCACAAAAAGAGGACCCCAUUACACUGGGCAGCGGCAUAUGGCUCAGAGGAAAAUGUUCGACUGCUUAUAAAGCAUGGGGCAAACAACCUUAUGCCAGACCAGGAAGGAAAAACGCCUCUCCAUUGGGCUGCUAUAAGCAAGGCUGAAAGUGCGACAGCAUGUGUUCGGACACUGAUAGGUGCAGCACCUUCAAGUGUGAACUGGCAAGACUAUGAUGGGAUAACUGCCUUGCACUUAGCAGUUGCUGAAGCAAGAAAGGAUAUAGUUGAUGUUAUACUCUCUGUACCAAAAUGCAAUGUAGAUUUAACAGACAAUCAUUUCAGGACAGCCCUUCACUGGGCUUGCAACAGAGGACUGACAGCAAUAGUCAGCCGAUUAUUAGAACGUGGAGCUCAUUUAGGUGCCGUUGAUGUGUAUGGAGCAACUCCUUUACAUUAUGCUGCACAGCUUAAUCAUGCUGAUACAGUGGAACUGUUGGUUAGGCGGCCAUGUGUCCGGGAUAAUCCAUCAAAAGAAGGUCACACAGCCAUGUUGUGGGCAGCAGCACGUGGUGCUAAUUCAGCCCUCACAGUGAUGGCAAGACAUGGAUCAUCCUUAACUCAGGCUGAUCCAGGGGGAUGCACUGCCCUGCACAUUGCAGCAGGAUCAGGUCACGUCUCCACUGUUGGUGUCCUACUGCGCCUGCGUGCACCAAUUGACAUAUGUGCUAAUGACGGCUGCACACCUUUGCUUCAUGCUGCACAAGGUGGCCAUGCCCACAUUGUUAAAUUACUAGCGGAAGCUGGAGCAUCUCUUGAUCAUCGAGACAGCGAAGGUCAAUGUGCUUUGCACCAUGCAGUUCUUGGUGGACACCUCUACUUAGCCCAGAUUCUUAUAAAAGCAGGUACAUCUGUGAAUGUUCGGGAUUUCUCUGGACGCACUCCUCUUCAUAUGGCAGCAUACAGAGGACUGAGUGACAUUAUGUUCUUAUUAUUAGAAAAUCGAGGUGAUGUAAAUGCCAGAGAUCAUCAGGGUCAGAGUCCUUUACAUUGGGCAGCACAAGAAGGCCACUUAGGAGCUGUUAAUACACUACUAGAUUUUCGUGCAUAUCCCAACUACACACAGACUACUGAUGACAGAUAUACACCUUUGGAUUGUGCAUAUGUUGCUGAACAGUUGGAAAUCGCAGAAGUUUUAAUGGUGAAUGGUGGUCUGUCAGUUACAAGGAUAAUGGAAAUAGCAGCUACAAAAAUUCAGGCUGGUUUUAGAGGUUACCUAGUACGGAGAUACGUUGAACAAGAGCGGUUACACUUAAAUAUUGAAAAUAGCCAGAAGAAGAAUGGAAAUAUACUUAUAGAUGAAUCUGAAGAAAAUUUAAUUGAUGCAGAUAGUGGUUUCAUUGAGGAAGUUGCUUUGAAAACUGAGCAACAACAAAGAGUAACUUCAAGAGAACAAGCCACAAAUGAUUCCAUUGCUCCAACUGAGGAGCUUCAAGAGGAUUCUAAGGAAGCAGAUGGCCAAAAUGUUCUGUUGGAUAGGGCUUUACGUGCAACAACUUCUGGGACAGCCAAUACACAACAAAAACUGAAAGUCAGUUUCUAUGAGUCAAAUCCUUACAAUUCUGUGUCUGGCCAGCGUAAAUCUAAGGGUUUGGCAAGCAGCAUUAUGAGAGGAGCUCGGAAAAAGACUGUCCGAAAUUUAGAAUUACCUGACCCAGGGGAACUGGGGUUGGAUAAUCAGCUGACAGAAAGUGAUCAGAAUUUUGCAGAGGAUGAAGCUUCAGAAUCAGAGGACGAUUAUGCCUUCAUGACUCGUGCAAUCAAAGGCCCUUCACUAGUACUUGCGCAGGCUCUACAUAUGCCUGGAAUUAUAGCCAGUGCGGUUUUGACGGUUGGUGAUAAGCAGAGUCGAGAGACUCGAGAUCAGGCCUCAGACAACAAUAAUCAAGAGAUAAUAGGAAACAAAAACAGUAAGAAUAUGCAAGAAAAGAACAUUGAUUGUCAAGCAAGUUCAAACAACUUCAGCAAAAGAAAUGCAGGUGAUGUUGACUGUCAAGUAUAUUCAUCAAAACAGACAAGGCUCAAAUCUGGCAAAGAUGUUAAAAGAAAGGGAGUCUUUAAAGAAAGACCCAAUGAGAACUUACAAGAUUUUGAUUGUGAUUCAGAUUUUUCAAAUAUGUUAAGGCAACAGAAAAUUGAGAAAAGAAGAAUAUUGACGGAAAAUUCUGAGGUGGCAGUGGAGGCUAUAAAUGUUGAAGCUGGAUAUGCUAAUACUUCAGCAUUAAGGUCAAAGCAGAAUCCCAUUUUGAGUGCUGAUGCAAGAAAACAAGCUGAGCAGAAGUGGAAGGAGAAGUUAGCAUCACUAAGCAUAAAAGUCCAGCGACCACAAAGUGCCAAGCCAGGAACCUCUUUUUCUUACAAUAUGGUGACCUCAGCUUCACAGUCACCAGCUUCCAAAAGCCAUUCAAAGGCUUCACUUCCCCAUAAAAAGAAUGAACGCUUUUCUCAGCGGUGAAGCAUUUGUAGCUGAAGUGAUCCUGAAGAAUAUUCUCAAGGAAUAAAGAGCUAUGGUAAAAAUAAUAAAAUGAUCGUCAAAAUCUCAGGUACUUCAGAAUUAUAUAAUCAUAUAGCAAAAUAAAAGAAGAAAGGUGAAGUAUGCUGAUAUGUAAGUAUGUAUAUAUUUUCUAUUUUCAUGUAUAAGUUUUCAGUUUACUUUAUCAAAAAUUCUUCUUUAUAUUUAUUUUAUUUUUCAUGAAGUUGAAUUAAAAAUACCUAUUCAUUUUGUACAAGUGUCUUAUCAUUAACCUUUACAUCAAGAUCUAUUGCUCUAUUUCUGUCAUAUCAGAUGGCAAGGUUAUGGUGAUCAUGCAAACCAAAUGAGAUAUAGUUGCAUAUCAUAUCUAAAAAAACAGACCAGGCAAAAA